AUGCGAGCACUCGACCUCACUCCCCGAGUCGCCAAGCGAUCACACGUCCCGAACGCGCGUUUACGCCACCGCACGAUCCGUUCGCACGCCGAACCCUCGGAAGCGCGCGCGUUCGGCUCGCUCGUCGCGGAGACCCUUGAGGAGAUGGCGACGGACGUCGAGUUUCAGACCGCGCAACAGCGCCUGAGCGAGCUCGGACAGCGCGCGCUGACCAAGGAAGAGCGUGCGCGUCGUCGAAGAGCGCUGGACGGGCUCGGGGUACCGUCGUUCGAGGCUUUUCUCGAGGAGCGAGGCGGAAAGGUGCUCGAGCGCGAGCCGACGACGAUACUUCAGGUGAACAUCGGGCUGUAUUGCAAUCAAGCGUGCUCGCACUGCCACGUGGAGUCGUCGCCGUUGAGGACGAGCGAAGUCAUGGACGAGCGAACGGCGGAGCAAGUGAUUCGCGUGUUGAAGAACUCCCCAGGCGUGCGCACGCUGGACCUGACGGGCGGCGCGCCCGAAUUACACAAACAGUUUCGAUAUCUCGUCACUGAGGCACGAGCGCUCGGGGUGGAGGUGAUUGACAGGUGUAAUCUUACAGUGCUCUACGAGGAGGGGCAAGAAGAUCUGCCACAAUUUUUGGCGGAGAACAAGGUGAAGGUCGUGGCGUCGCUUCCGUGCUACAGUGAGGCAAACACAGACGCGCAGCGAGGCCGGGGGGUGUUUGAGCGCUCGAUCGCGGCGCUCAAGGAUCUAAACGCGGUGGGAUACGGUGUCGAAGGUACCGGCCUGGAGCUAGAUCUCAUGUAUAACCCGGGCGGGGCGUUUUUGCCUCCGGCGCAAGCAAAACUUGAAGAGGCGUACCGAAGCGAGCUACGAGGCACCUGGGGAGUAGAGUUCUCUCGUUUGUUCACGCUGACAAACAUGCCGAUCAAGCGCUUCGCCGAUUACUUGCACAAGGAGGAUAAGACGAGCGAGUACAUGAGCCUGCUCGUGAACAAUUUUAACGUCGCGGCGUCGGUCGGAGUGAUGUGUCGGGACCUCAUCAGUGUCUCGUGGGACGGGCGGCUGUUCGACUGCGAUUUCAAUCAACAGCUUGACAUGCCCGUGCGUGGGGCGAAAACGACGAUUUUCGAUCUCAAUUCGUGCGAUGAUUUAGUAGGCGCGCACAUCGUCGCCGACAAUCACUGCUUCGGAUGCACCGCAGGUUCCGGCUCGUCGUGCUCGGGGGCGACCAUUUAG